AUGGCAGAAGGUCAUGCACCCACUUGCGGACCUUCCUUCGCUGUCAGUCAUUGUGGCAACCGUGUCGCAGCCCAAGCCAAUAAACCUGUUGAGGGUGGGGGAUACGAUGAGACUAAUGAGAGACCAUCUGUUGAGUCUGAAACUCCCACCAAUAUUUGUCUCCACACUACCGUCCUUGUCGUAGCAUUUUAAGGUAGCGGAAAUGGGUGCGGUAAUGGUGCCGUCUUCCAAUGAUAUGUUGUAAAUUGAAAUGUCGCGAUACGAACGUUCUCUGCUCGAAGAAAAAUGCAAGUGGCUGCUGCUGUGGUUGCAUUCAAGCAGGAAGGAUAAGUUUUUGGCGCAUUCAGGACGGUCAAAUCCAAAAGGGUAAGGAACGCUAACGUUUCCACAUGUUUGUGGGCAGUUUUCUAAAGAAAUAUAAUUUGAACUUGCUGCAACGGUAGAAGAUGGCAAUAUGACCAUCACCACCACUAUCCAUAACAACAAUUUCUUCUGCAUAAUUGUUUGCCCUGAAUCUUGUGUUUUGGUGUUUUAAUAAGCAGAGACAGAGUUG